AUGACCAUGCACAACAGCAAGAAGCGUAAAACUUGUGAAUCGGGCUUGUGCCCCAAUCCUGAAAGAAAGUAUGAAAAACAGGAUAACGAAGAGAGUGGCAUAUCAUGGGAUGAGUCUGAAAAACGCGUCGAAGGUAUACGCGCUGAAGGCGCCACUUCCCUAGAGGACAUGCCAACUGAGAUUUUGUCCCAAGUGGAGCCGAUUGACCUCGUCCACCUGGCGUGGACGUCCAAAGAUUUUCGGUCUAUCCUUCGAUGCAAACAGUCGCGUGCCAUUUGGAGAGAGUCUAGGUCAAUGAUCACGGAUGUCCCUGGACUGCCUGAAUGUCCUAAAGACAUCAGCGAACUGCGCUACGCAGUCAUGAUGUUCAAGAAACAUUGUGAUAUUUGCCUCGUGGAGUCAACUGAGGAAAAACCCAAGAAGCUCCUCACUUGGUUUCCUGGGCGAAUGAGAAGCUGUGUUGAUUGUUUGUCGGACAAGAAAAUCUUCAGUACCGAUAUAACAUUCCGUAACUAUGGAUUCUGGAUUACCUGGCGCCCUCAGGCUGAAAUAUUAUUGCGCCACUUGCCUCAUGUCUCAGCAUUGCGGAACGGUCGCACCAUCACCCAUUGGCAUAUUCCCUCUUUGAUACGUUGGAUGAGUGAUUUCUCUCAAACUGCAGAUAGAAAAACUUGGGUCACCAAUAAGAUCGAAGUCGGAAACAAUGCGAACAGGACUGCUGCCCCAUACCAAAUAUUCUUUGACAAAUGGAGGCUUAGUGAGAAGAAGAAACUUGUUGUGAAAUAUAUAGAGUCCUUAGGGUGGAAAGACGAGAUCUCUCUCAUCACCAAUCCAGCCCACAGAAUCCAAAACUGGGACAUACUUACCAGUUAUUAUAAAUAUGAUAUCACUCCAACUGCACUUCGGGGGCUGGGUAAUUUCUUUAACAACAGUAUGGGGCGUAUUAGGAGGAUACGGCAAGAGCGAGAACGAUACUACCGGGUCAUCCGCGCAAUUCCGUUUCUCACCAACAUUCUUGAACAGUAUACCCUCGAGCUCCCUCCAAAUGCGUAUGUGCCACGUCUCGUGGACUUCAUACAUUAUCCUGUCGUCCAGUCCACCAUUCAUGCGUACGGACUUAACGAAAUACUCACGCCUGUACAUUUUGAGCGCGUACGAGUUGCGCUUCCCAAGAUCACUGCUCGGACGUUGCGCAAGCGAGAGGAACAACUUAUCUCAAUGAUCACAGACGCUUGUGCCAAAGAUAAUUAUCCAGUUGAUCCAGCCACUGUUUUGCGACUGGCGACAACAACCUUCCAUUGUCAUGAUUGCGAACCAUCUAAAGGAUUGAUCCAAUACCCUAGGGUACUGGUUCAUCACCACGCAUACACAAACAGUCAUACACCUCCACACACGCCCUCCGCAGACUCUUUCUCUAAUUACAAGAAACACAGGCAAGACGGCGCUCAUCCAGAUGCAAUAGCCUUACAACUAGCAUGCGGUCAGACUCGUUGGAAUGCCCACAAUCAAAUUCACUUCGACACACGCUCCAUGUCCUUGCUAGCCAGCGCCCUCACGAAGUUUGGAUUCGAUCCGAAAAUCAUCACCAGGGAGGAAAUGGACGCUCAACUUCCCAUAGUCUCAUGUAUAACGUGUUCGCAUUUCUAUGGAUGGCAGCAUGUCAUGCGAUGGUCUUGGAUUCCGCAACAUAAAGCUCAUAAGCAUAUACGUAGUGUAGCCACCGUGCUCGCGGUAACCCCAGUCCCCAAAGAACGAGAGCAAGCUGCGAGACAAGCAAUCAUGUCAGCGCCGCGCUGUUCCGACGCACCUUUAUUAAAUCCAGCGAAAGACGGUCCUAUGAUGUGUACAUACUGCAGAAAACUAGGUACAAAGGGCUCGUUGAGACUUCACGUCAAAGAAGUUCAUGGUGUGGAUAAUCCUAGCGACGACGACAUGGUAAUGAGGCUCGACGCCGAAGGUCCUCAAGACGCCUUGCUCAAAUCGUUUGACCGUAUCAAAAGCCAUGAAUGUAUAGUGCAUGAAAGAGACCCUACCAUUGUAGAAAGACUCGUAAUAGGGGCAGUUGCUUUGGCAUGA